CUGCAACUGAAACCUUUUCAAGCUUUAUAAUAGUAGCACUGUAAAAGCAAAGGCAAGAAAGAAACAUGGAGAUUAAGAGAAAGAACAAGUCACAGCUAUUGUCUAAGAUAGCCACUAACGACCGACAUAGAGAGAAUUCACCAUAUUUUGAUGGGUGGAAAGCUUAUGACAAUAACCCUUUUCACCCUACUCAGAAUCCCAAUGGUGUGAUUCAAAUGGGCCUGGCGGAGAAUAAGCUUUGCUUUGAUUUGAUAAAAAAGUGGAUAAUGGAAAACCCUGAUGCUUCCAUAUGCACUGCUGGAGGAGUUGAUAAGUUCAAAGAUGUUGCAAUCUUUCAAGAUUACCAUGGCUUGAAAGAGUUUAGAGAGGCUAUAGCGAAGUUUAUGGGAAGAGUAGGAGGAAACAAGGUCACAUUCGACGCGAGCCGCAUAGUGAUGAGCAGCGGAGCCACAGGAGCAAACGAGACGAUUAUGUUUUGCUUAGUCAAUCCAGGCGACGCUUUUCUUGUACCUUCUCCUUAUUAUCCAGGAUUUGCCCGAGACCUAAGAUGGCGCACUGGGUUAGAAAUAGUUCCAGUUGACUGCAAAAGCUCAAACAAUUUUCGUAUAACGAGAGCUGCCAUGGAAGAUGCCUAUGAAAAAGCUCAAAAAUGGAACCUCAAUGUCAAAGGCAUCAUCAUAGCGAACCCUUCGAACCCUUUAGGCACCACAUUGGACAUUGAAACGAUGAGAAGCUUAGUCGCUUUUGUCAACGAAAAGAACAUUCACCUCGUUUGCGACGAAAUCUAUGCUGCCACUGUCUUUGACUCCCCUCGAUUCGUUAGCAUUGCCGAGGUUAUACAAGAUAUGGAUUGUUGCAACCGCGAUCUCAUUCACAUUGUUUAUAGCUUGUCCAAGGACAUGGGGAUCCCAGGUUUUCGGGUCGGGAUAGUGUACUCAUUCAACGACGAUGUUAUGCUUUGCGCUCGUAAGAUGUCAAGUUUCGGAUUGGUGUCGUCUCAAACACAAUAUUUGCUUGCUUCAAUGUUGUCCGACGACGGGUUCGUGGGGAACUUUUUAAGGGAAAGUUCUAAGAGGUUGGCCAAGAGGCACUAUGUUUUCACCAAGGGGUUGGAACAAGUUGGGAUUUCUUGCUUAACAAGUAAUGCCGGUUUGUUUUUUUGGAUGGACAUGAGACUGCUCCUUAAAGAGCAAUCUUUCAAGGGCGAAAUUGAGUUGUGGCGUGUGAUUCUUAAUGAAGUGAAACUCAAUGUUUCUCCGGGCUCAUCUUUUCAAUGUUCUGAGCCGGGUUGGUUUCGAGUUUGCUUCGCGAACAUGGAUGAUGAGACUGUCGAAGUAGCCCUCAACAGGAUUCGAGCAUUUGUGCUCAAUCGAGAGAACCAAGAAUCGAACAGGUCGAAACGUUGUUGGCGGAAGAAACACCUUCGCCUCAGUUUCUCUUCCACUAGAUUGUAUGACGAGACCAUAAUGUCUCCAUGCAUGAUUUCCCCUCACUCACCACUUGUUCGGGCGAAGACUUAACAAAUACUUAAAACCAACUUAAACUCGAAACCCUAAAUCUUAUGAUGUUUGAACUUAACAGUCGAUUUAUUAAACCACUAGG